CAGCACUUAACCUCUGAAACACUUCUACGCCGUCACACACCACCAUCCCUCCCUCCACCAGAAUAAAACAACCCUCUCCACCCCCACUGGACGGUACUGGCUGGUUAACCGCAGAACAGGCAGAGGAAGAAGAGAAAGAAGAGAGGUUCAAACAUGGGCUACCUGCUGUACCUGUCUACCGAGACGUGGACCCUUCUGGUCGCGUUCAUCACGCUCUUCAUAGUGUAUGCCUACUGGCCAUAUGGGGUGUUUAAGAAGUUGGGGAUCCCUGGUCCCAGACCCCUGCCGUUCAUAGGCACCAUGCUGGCGUAUAAGAAGGGAUUCAUAAACUUUGAUGAAGAGUGCUUCAAGAAGUAUGGCAAAGUGUGGGGCAUCUUUGACGGACGGCAGGCAGUGAUGUGCAUCAUGGACACAGCCAUGAUCAAGACCAUCCUGAUCAAGGAGUGCUACUCUCACUUCACUAAUAGACGGAACUUCCAUCUGAACGGAGCCCUGUAUGAUGCCGUCUCCGUCGCCGAGGACGACCAGUGGAAGAGGAUACGCAGCGUGCUGUCUCCCUCCUUCACCAGCGGCCGGCUGAAGGAGAUGUUUGGGAUCAUGAAGCAGCACUCUGCUAACCUGGUCAGCAGCAUGAAGAAGAAGGUGGACAAAGACGAAGCUGUGGAGCUUAAAGAGUUCUUUGGGCCGUACAGCAUGGACGUGGUGACCAGCACAGCGUUCAGCGUGGACAUCGACUCCCUGAACAACCCCAGCGAUCCCUUCGUCACCAACAUCAAGAAGAUGCUGAAGUUCGACCUCUUCAACCCUCUGUUCCUCCUCGUAGCGUUCUUCCCCUUCACAGGCCCCCUGCUGGAGAAGAUGGAGUUCUCCUUCUUCCCCGCCUCCGUCACCGACUUCUUCUACGCCUCGCUGCAGAAGAUCAAGUCCAGCAGACAAGCGAGCACAGGAAGACAGGGAAGGGUGGAUUUCCUGCAAUUGAUGAUUGACUCUCAGAAAGGUGACUCAAAGGAGGAGAAGCAACACAAAGGUCUGAGUGAUCAUGAGAUCCUGUCUCAGGCGAUGAUCUUCAUCUUCGCGGGCUAUGAGACCACCAGCAGCUCGCUCACCUUCCUGGCUUACAACCUGGCCACCCACCCUGAGGUCCAGGCACGCCUUCAGGACGAGCUGGACGCAACCUUCCCCAACCAGGCAGAGGUGCAGUAUGAGGCCCUGAUGCAGAUGGAGUAUCUGGACUCUGUGAUCAAUGAGUCUCUCAGACUGUAUCCCAUCGCCCCGCGCCUGGAGAGGGUCGCCAAGACAACCGUGGAGAUCAACGGUGUCACCAUCCCCAAGGACAUGGUUGUCAUGGUUCCCACCUGGUGUCUUCACCGCGACCCCGAGCUGUGGCCUGAACCGCUCCAGUUCAGACCAGAGAGGUUCAGUAAGGAGAACAAGGAGAGCAUCGACCCUUGCACCUACAUGCCGUUCGGGGCGGGGCCCAGGAUCUGUAUCGGGAACAGGUUUGCUCUGGUCAUGAUGAAGCUGGCCCUGGUGGAGACUCUACAGAAAUACAGCUUCACCGUGGGCAAGGAGACAGAGGUUCCCUUCGAGAUGGACAUUCAGGGCCUGCUUAUGCCCAAACGACCAAUCAAACUGCAGCUGGAGCCUAGGCCCGCCCCCUGCUAACAAGAGCCCAACAACAACAGGAUCAAGACUAACCUGUGACAAACACACACACACUCAAACCCUUAAGGCCUUUAUAUGCUACUCUGACUCCGUUUACGUAUGGGCGGCCGGACGGAUACGAUAGACUCUUUUACGUUUAUGGUUCUCCGUAGGCUGUGGGUCCUGAAAACAAUUCACUGCUACAAUUCACUCGUUAGUGGACCAAUCACAGCCAAGGGGUAUCCAUAACUAUCCCAAAUUAGGGCGGAUAGUUAUGAAAUUCAGGAGGUGCACUAGAGGGCGUUCCACGUAGACGAAGGUGUUCCCAUGUGUCCGUUUUUUGGAAAACGGAGUACCCUAAAUCGGCCUUUAUACUCACACACACACUCACACACCCCCUUAUCACACACACUCAUACACACCCUUCUACUCACACACACACUCACAACCUGUGUAACCUGGCUACUAUACUGAGCCUGUUAAAUACAAUUGUGAUGUUUUAACAGAAUCAAAAACAUGAUGAACUGAUACAUUUUUUACAUUUUUAUGAGAAUUAAUUCUGAUGUUUAAAUGUAGCCCCCUGCUAGUGCCGGGCUUAGACUGUGAAUAUGGGAUUCCUUUUAUUACUAUUUCCUCUCUCCUCACAGUUACGUAAAUAUCAUCAAUUACAACAAUCGCAUUAAAACAUAUCCAAUGAUC